AUGAAACCUUGCUAACUUCCAGAUGACAUAAUUUAACAUUAUUCAAAUUAUCGGAAUAAAAAGAGCAAAUUGAAAGUGAGCACAAUUUUAGGCUCUAGAUUUGAGAUUGAUGAUAAAUAUGAAAUAUUAGACAAUAUUGGUUAAGGAGCCUAUGGUAUAGUUGUAGCAGCUAGAGACAAUACACUAGACUCAGAGGAUAAUUUAGUUGCGAUAAAAAAGAUUGAAAAAGCUUUCGAACAUAAAAUAUUUACAAAGAGAACUUUAAGAGAAUUGCGUCUACUAAGAUUGCUAUAACACGAAAAUAUUAUUGGAAUCAAUACAAUACUGCUUCCAAAAUCAAGAGAAGAAUUCGAGGAUAUUUACGUGGUUCAAGAAUUGAUGGAGACCGAUUUAGCACAAAUCAUUAAGUCGGACCAAAACCUGGCUGAUGAACAUUGUUAAUUUUUCCUGUAUCAAUUAUUGAGAGGACUUAAAUACAUACAUUCUGCAAACGUGGUCCAUAGAGAUCUUAAACCACGUAAUUUAUUAGUUAACAGCAACUGCGAUCUAAAGAUUUGUGAUUUUGGACUUGCAAGAGCCUUGAUCCCAGAUUUAAAAGCAAAAGCUGGAGUUUUAACUGAUUAUGUUGCUACUCGAUGGUACCGAGCCCCAGAAUUGUUGUUAUCAUGGAGAAAUUACACUCAGAGUGUCGAUGUUUGGUCAGUUGGUUGUAUUUUCGCAGAAUUGUUAAGAAGAAAACCCUUCUUGCCUGGAAUGGACACUAAGAAUCAAAUUGAAUUGACAUUCGAAGUAAUAGGUACUCCAUCUGAAUAAGAAUUGAACAUGAUACCUAAAGAAAAAUAUAGAACUAUUGCAAAAGGACUCCCUAAACGACCAGGAAAGGAUUUCAAUAAACUGUUUCCGAAUGCUUCUAAUCUUGCCAUCGAUCUAUUGAAAAGCUUACUUACUUUCGAUGCAAAAAAAAGAAUCACUGUUGAGGAUGCUCUAAAACAUCCUUAUUUAUCUGCCUUACAUUGUCCAGACGACGAACCCAUUGCAGUUCCAGUCUAAAGGAUAGAUUUCGAAUUUGAAGAGUACAACAUGACACUUCAAUAACUCAAAGAUUGUAUUUAUGAGGAAAUAUUGGUAUACCACUUUAAAGACUUCAAAGAUGAGUAUGAAACCAAAAAGCGAAAUUCCUCAUCUAUCAUAAAUCACAUAAUAAAAAAUGAAAACUCUAAAAUAAUAGACCCAGAUGCAGAUGAUGAUGACAACGAUUCUGAUGAAGAACCCAUUUGAUAAAUAUAAUUAAAUAUAUGGCAAAAAAAUCAUAACCAUAAGUAGAUUU